UUAACUGACGGAGGAGAGGAUUGAGAAAUGGCUUUGUUUUCAUUCACUUCCAUUGCUAAAUGUGCCAAUGCCAUCUCAUUUACUCUCUUAGUUGUGCAAGUCUCCAGUUCGUUCAACCAUCUCAAUCUAACUUCUGUUGCUGCAAAACACAGCAGUAGAGAUAGUGUACAUGCUUCUCAUCAUCAUGGCCAUCCUCACCAUGACCGCCACCACAGUAACCACUCUGAUUCUGCUGCAGCUUCAGAUGAUCAUUCAAAUGCAAGACUGGACCGAGCUUUUCUUUCGCUCCAAUCAUGGAAACGAGUCAUGUACUCUGAUCCACACAACUUUACCUCGAACUGGGAGGGUCGUUCAGUUUGCACUUACAGGGGUGUGUUCUGUGCACCUGCUCCUGAUGACCCCAAAAUCCAAGUUGUUGCUGGCAUUGACCUCAAUAAAGCUGACAUAGCCGGAUUCCUCCCAGCCGAAUUAGGCCUGCUGUCGGACCUUGCGCUUAUCCAUCUGAAUAGCAACCGCUUUUGUGGCAUCCUCCCUCACAGUUUGGCCAACCUCACACUCCUUCAUGAGCUUGAUCUCAGUAACAACAGAUUUGUAGGUCCUUUUCCUACUGUAGUCCUCUCUCUCCCUAGUCUAAAAUACCUUGAUCUUCGUUACAAUGAGUUUGAAGGGGUGUUACCUCCACAACUCUUCAGCAACAUAGUACAACUAGAUGCAAUAUUUGUAAAUAACAACCGCUUCACCAGUAUAAACAUUCCAGCUUCGAGUUUAUCAUCAUCAGCCAGUGUGGUGGUUUUUGCUAACAAUAACUUCAGCGGAUGCCUUCCUCCGAGCAUAGCCAACUUUGCAAAUACAUUAGAGGAGCUUUUGCUAAUCAACACUAGCUUGUCGGGGUGUCUUCCACAACAAGUUGGGUUUCUGUACAAAUUGAGGGUUUUGGAUGUGAGCAAUAACAAGCUGGUUGGUCCUAUACCUUACAGCCUUGCAGGGCUAGCUCACUUGGAGCAACUAAAUUUGGCCCACAAUAUGAUGACUGGAAUUGUGCCAGCUGGAGUUUGUAGUCUGCCUAAUUUGGCAAAUUUUACAAUCUCUUAUAAUUAUUUCUGUGAGGAAGACGGGAGCAUUUGUAAGAAUUUGACAACAUCCAAAAGAGGCAACACUGCAUUUGAUGAUCGCCGUAACUGUCUGCCUGACAGGCCUUACCAGAGGACCCAGAAGGAAUGUAAUGCUAUCCUUGAGAACCCUGUGGACUGCUUUUAA